AUGUAUGUUUAUGGAGGAAUGAGUGGGGCUGGAAUCACUAAUGAGAUUUAGUGGUUUGAAUUAAGUAUAAAUUUAAUAAUAAUUUUUAGGAAGGUAAGAAUGAUUUAAUUAUUGUUUGGAUAUCUAAUUAAUUAUUACAAAUCAUUAGAUUUUAUAAAAAAUUAUUUAAUAUUAUUUGGAGGAUUCAGGGAUUAUGAUCAUAAAAUGAAAAUAAGAGUAGUUUUUUCUAAAAUUACUUCUUUAAACACUUUAACCAAUUAAUAGUCUAUUUAAUUAGAAUCUGUUGAACCAAGGAGAGAACACAAAACAUCAGUUCUCUUUGGAAAAUUAAUGGUUGUAACAGGUAAAAUUCAUUUAGCAAAAAAGUUAUUAAAUGACACACUUGUAGAUUAUUUUGAAUCUAAAAGAUGGACAGGUCAAAAUAUAUUAUUUGAAGAAGGAAUUGCAUAGCAUGCCUAAUGGACAACUUAUGAUUGUAAAAAAAAAUAUUGAAAAAUACAUCUGGAAGGUAUACAGCCAAUCUAAGUACAUUAGGAGAACGUUGUUUUUGGGCCAUAUCCAAUAGGCGAGAAAAAAUAUAAAGAAUAGGCCUCAAAUAGAUGAUGUUAUAAUCACAUUAUGGAGAAUGUUGGAGAAUAUUUAAUUUUACUUGGAGGGUGUUCACAAGAGAAAAAAGAGGAUUAAAAUUAUAUUGUUAUUUUAAAUCUAUAAACAAGUCUUUAGAGCAUAGCAUUGAGAUAGGUUUAUAAACAAUAAGAUGGAGUCAUGCAAACUGUAGAAAUGCAAAUUAGAAAAAUUUAGAAACAUCCAAAAUCUAUGAAACCAUCGUUACUUAUUUACCUCUUCCACAACUUAAAACACCUAAGAUCUGA